AUGAAGCUGAUUGUUUCUCUGACUAUCAUUUGGGCUCUUUACAGCAGAGCUGGGGCCCUGCAGUGCAUCACCUGCACCGAUCCGUCAUGUUCAAUCUCAGUAUCACAACCAUGUGGCUCAGAGACGAUGUGCAUAACAGCUAACAUUAGAGGAACUCAGAAUGGAGUUACAGGAACACAAAUCUACAAGGCCUGCGCACCACCCUCUCUGUGUCCAGCCACAGGCAGUCAGACGUUUUCAGUCAACUUGGGUUUACAAAGCGCAAUUGCAUCUGCUGAGUGCUGCAACACUGACAACUGCAAUUCACAAACUCUGACUUCGCCACCUCCUCAGUCAGUAAACUCCCUUCAGUGUAUUGUUUGUAACCCCUUCACAUCUGAGUGCGCCACUCCCAUCACAUGUUUAGGACCUGAGACCAACUGUAUGACAGCAACUGAAAGCAAGAAAGCAGUCUUCUGCUGUUUGAAUAUUUGA